AUGUUCUUCUUCUUCACCUGCGGAACACACACCUUCACAUCCCCCCUCCCCAACGCCAGCCACAUCACAACGCAAUGCCAAAACUGCGGCAACUACUCUGCCCGCGUCAUGAAGCGCUGGGAAUGGUUCACGUUUUGCUUCAUCCCCGUUAUCCCCUUUUCACUUAAACCCUACCGCGAGGUCGGCUGCCCGGUCUGCAAUUUUUGGCAGGAUGUCAAGUAUCGGCCUGAUGUGCUGGCGCAGAUGGGGGAGGGCGCGCAGGUACAGGGGCAGGGGCAGCAGGGGGUCAUGAUGGGAGGGGUGGGGGCUGCGCCGCCGCAGAAUGGGGUGCCGCAGUAUAAGUGA